AUGCGUGCCACUUUUGCUCUUCGCAAUGCCGCCCACACCCCUCUCAUUCGCUUCAUUGGCAAGCGUUCCGUGCCUCAAUCGGUAGACCACACGCCUCGUGCUCACCCCGCUUCGCCCACCGGUGUUUUGCCCGACUCGUUCGCUGCCUACCGCUCCAAGGCCCAGCAGCACGGUCCUCUUGGACGUGCCUCGUUCAGCCAGGGCGCUAUCGGUCGUGCCCCGGGUGCUUCUUUGGGUCCUGUUCAGCCCAAGGAGGGUGAAUUUUUCGACCGUGCUGAAUUGCCUUCCCGCUUCCACCGUCUGCCCUGGUCUGAGGCUGAAAUUGAGGCCAUUGAGACCGGCGGUGCUAGCCUCUGCAGCUAA